UCCGCUUGAUCACGUGAGCCGGUUCCAAGAUGGCGGCAGGGGUGGCCGGGUGGGGGGUUGAGGCAGAGGAGUUCGAGGAUGCGCCUGAUGUGGAGCCGCUGGAGCCCACGCUUAGCAACAUCAUCGAGCAGCGCAGCCUUAAGUGGAUCUUCGUCGGGGGCAAGGGUGGCGUUGGCAAGACCACCUGCAGCUGCAGCCUAGCGGUCCAGCUGUCCAAGGGGCGGGAGAGUGUUCUGAUCAUCUCCACGGACCCAGCCCACAACAUCUCCGAUGCAUUUGACCAGAAGUUCUCCAAGGUGCCUACCAAGGUCAAAGGUUAUGACAACCUCUUCGCCAUGGAGAUUGACCCCAGCCUUGGUGUGGCUGAACUUCCUGACGAGUUCUUCGAGGAGGACAACAUGCUAAGCAUGGGCAAGAAGAUGAUGCAGGAGGCCAUGAGCGCCUUCCCCGGCAUUGACGAGGCCAUGAGCUAUGCAGAGGUCAUGAGGCUGGUGAAGGGCAUGAACUUCUCGGUGGUGGUGUUUGACACGGCGCCCACAGGCCACACGCUGAGGCUGCUCAACUUCCCCACCAUCGUGGAGCGGGGCCUUGGCCGCCUCAUGCAGAUCAAGAACCAGAUCAGCCCCUUCAUCUCACAGAUGUGCAACAUGCUGGGCCUAGGGGACAUGAACGCAGACCAGCUGGCCUCCAAGCUGGAGGAGACGCUGCCUGUCAUCCGCUCUGUCAGUGAACAGUUCAAGGACCCUGAACAGACAACGUUCAUCUGCGUGUGCAUUGCUGAGUUUCUGUCCCUGUACGAGACGGAGCGGCUGAUUCAGGAGCUAGCCAAAUGCAAGAUUGAUACCCACAACAUCAUCGUCAACCAGCUCGUCUUCCCUGACCCCGAGAAGCCCUGCAAGAUGUGUGAGGCCCGCCACAAGAUUCAGGCCAAGUACCUGGACCAGAUGGAGGACCUGUACGAAGACUUCCACAUUGUGAAGCUGCCGCUGCUGCCCCACGAGGUGCGGGGGGCAGACAAGGUCAACACCUUCUCUGCCCUCCUCUUGGAGCCCUACAAGCCCCCCAGUGCCCAGUAGCACUGCUGCCAGCCCUAGUCGCUGCCAUUUCACACCCACCCUCCACCCCGCCCCGGGGGGCAGAGUUUGCACAAAGUCCCCCCCAUAGUAUAGGGGGAGCCACACUGGGGGCGGGGGGCGGGGAGGAGGUCUGUUCCCCCUGGUGGGGCUGAGGGGGCUAUAGCUGCCCCCCACCUCUCCCUGCCUCUCGCCCCUCAAUAAAAUGAUCUUAAACCAC